GACCUGUUACUUUCUUUUUCUAAAACGUAACGGAACGGGAAUUAGGAAAAGGGGAGUUUUUCCGUUGAGUUUCAGUGACGUAAUUAACAAAUAAUGGCUUAUUAAUAUUAUUGUUCAUUGUGAGUUUGAUCUGAAGAGGAAGAAGAAUGAUGACGGAGACGGAGCGACAGUAUCCAACAUGUCCGGAGAGGACAACGUCGCUGAUGGAUAGCCUGUUGGGACUCUUAAGGAUCAGAGUUAUCCGCGGCGUCAAUCUCGCCGUCCGUGACGUCCGUAGCAGUGACCCUUACGUCGUCGUCAAGAUGGGGCGUCAGAAAUUAAAGACCCGAGUGGUUUACAAGGAUGUCAACCCUGAAUGGAAUGAAGAUCUUACCCUCUCUGUUACGGAUCCCAAUCUCAACGUCCUUCUCACGGUGUACGACCAUGACACAUUCAGCAAGGACGACAAGAUGGGGGAUGCAGAGUUCGAGAUAAAGUCGUACGUAGAAGCGCUGAGGAUGCAACUAGAAGACCUGCCGAGCGGAACCAUCAUUACGAGGAUCACCCCCUCCCGACACAACUGUCUGGCCGACGAAUCACACAUCACUUGGUCCGACGGCAAACUCGUUCAAGAUCUCUUUCUCAGAUUGCGACAUGUCGAGUGCGGUGAAGUCGAGGUUCAGCUCCAAUGGAUCGACCUUCCUGGCUCCAAGGGGCUAUGAAUUCUAUCCAUCUCUUAAUUUUCCUGCCCUUUUCUUUUGUACGCAGAGAUUUUAACCCUUUCAUAUAUUUUGGUAUAUAGUCUAAAUACAAUAGAAAUCGUGACGAGA